AUGAAUGUCCUUGCCCAGUACACUGCCUGGUUGAAGAUGCCAGUGUUGUCAACUUCAUCGUCAACAACAACAACUCUAGGAGACUUCGAAGGCGGCUGCAUCGUUGGGCGCGUGCCCGUGACGGCGCAGCUCUGUUGGAGUGGCGUGGCCGCUAACGAGCUCUUGCUCGACCGCUUGCUGCAAACUGGCCCUGCCGAGAGCCCGCCUGCUGGUGCCAUCUUCGCUAAGGCCAGUGAUGAGUCCUUCGACUUCGUGCGCCUUCUGCCAAGGCAGAGGAAGCCACCCUGGCUUCUGUGUGACGAUCCAAGCUUUCAUGAGGCUUGGAGAGAUUGGGCACAUGCGCUGCGGGUGACGAAGGUUUCUCGCUCCGGACAGACGCCACGCCAAUUGCUGGCUCAGGCUGCAAAAAUUAUCGAGCUUUUCGCAAGGGACGCCUGGUUCUGGAUGGCUUCGGUCUACCUGCAUUCUUUUGACCUGUGUGACUCUGACCACAUACCCGUGGACUG